AUGUUCAAAAAUCAGUAUCAGGGUGGCCCAUUUGUUGAAAUAUUCAGUGCUCAAGGCAAGAACCCAGGAGCAAAAUGGAAGAUUUUUGGCAAUCCAUCAGCUAUAUGGAAAGAAUAUGAUAAAGAAGUAAAAGGCUUUGUUUUUGUACUUGAAGGAAGCAGUCAAAUCAACAAAAUGCAGCUACCAAAGGAAACUAGACAAACCUUGGGACUGAUCCAGCAAUUUCUGACACUUCAGAUUUUUGUGCCAUUGGGACAAGACUUCUCCACUGAGUUACUGAUAACUGAUUUAGGAAAUAUUAAGAGAAGAUUGUAUUUAUCAACGGUCCACAAGGAGUUGUCUAUAACCCCUCUGCAUGCAAAAAUUCCUCUGUUUACAAUCAAGCGCAAAAUAUGGUGCAAUAUGUGUAUUGACUUGGUAGCAUUCACCAGUGAAAUAUUCAGAGGAGCUGUCUUCCAGUCUUUGGAUGGAAUUACUAUUUCAGCUAACUGUAAACUGAGAAAGAUCUUCACUUUAAAAUCCAAGCCUCAAGAUACAGCUGAGGAAGAUGAUAUGUGUGUUGUUCCAUUUAUGCCGUAUGAGCCCACAGAUGUUAUUCCUCGAUCCUGCCAGCUAAAUACAGGUGUGCCACAGGUUACACAAUUGCUGAACCUCGCUAAAAUUCACAAGCCAAUAAUAAAAUGCAGGAGAUACCCAGUAACAGUGCAAGAAACAGGUAGCUUGGUUAAUAGAGGACAAGGCAAUAUACGCAGCACUAAAACUCAGCAUGUAUCACAUAUUGCAUUUGGAUCAAAGAUCCUUGGGCCACCUCCAUCUUCAAACAGAAGUGUCAGUGCAAGGGUAUCCAGAGAGGUAACAAAGGCCUGGGGUAGCAAAAGUAAUAGAUCAUGGCGACUUCAAAGUUCAGGAAAGGGAACUGAAUCCGUACAAGACGUUGAGAGAUUGGAGCUAUCAUUCUCACCAUGCAAUGAUUCUUUAGAUCAAGGAGGCAAAAGAAAUACUCCCCAAACAACUAAAGAUCUAUGUCAAAAUGACCCUGCAAUUCAGACUCAGAAAACCUCUGAGAGUGGAAGAGCAGAUUUUCAGCUCGCCUCACCACAAGGACCGUUAGCAGACAAGAACAGUCAUAGAAGAUUAUCUCUAAAAAAUGCAGCCAAAAACACAUGGGAGAUAACCAGCGAUAAAUGGGUGUUUCCAGAAAGUUUCACUGAGAGUGUUCAAUUGGAUAGGAGUGAGCAGUUUGUAGCUACUGAAGAUUCAGCCUGCCAUAAUUUAACCUCACCACAGAAUGUCUCCGUUGAACAUCACAGCAAUGAAACAGGUGAUCACCAAGUGAAUAAUAAAGAGAUUUUCACAUUUUCAUCAAGACCUCGAUCAGCUCCUCAUGGGAAGUCUCCAAAUAUGUCACCAGAAUAUUGCAUUUUCCCUUUGGAUUUGAAGCAAGACAGUAACGGAGUACAUGGGAAAACCGAAAUUGAAGAUGACUUUCAAGGAACUGACAGCAGUGAAGAGGAUGACAACAGUGAAUUCAUCCAGGAUACUGAGAACCUUGAGAUCAGCCACAGCAGGCAAGGAACAUCUGAUUCAGCAAUUUUUAAAGAGAUCCCAGUAAAGAGUAUGUCAUGGAGAAAUGCAUGCUGGAAGAACAAGAGACAAAGCAAACAUAACCUCAAAGACACCAUCUUAUCAAAACCACAGAGUUCCACUGUGAGAAAACCAGAUUCUGUUAGCUCUCAGGGAAGCUUAAAGCCUACCCUUUCUCUUUCUCCAACUGCAAGUAAAACUGAAUUCUUUAAAGUAAUUCCAAAUGGAUCUGAAAGAUAUGAAGGAGUUUCCGGUCAGUUAAAAAGAUCUGUCAGUAAAAAGUCUCUCAAGAAAAUCUCCAGAGAAAAUUCAUGCCUGACAACACAGACUUGCGAGUAUGACUGGAAAAACUAUCAGUCAGAUAGACUGAGUUCAUCUGAACUACAGAUGCUGGCUAGCAUGAAGAGACAACAAAAUGAAGAAUUACAGGAUACUGGGAUCUCACAUGGGCUGAGCGCAUCACAGAUAGACAACUGCAACGUUAGCAUGAGUACAAGCAGUGAUGAUACAGCAACCUGGAACUCUGGUUUCCCACCACCCGUCAGUCAGGAGCAUCACUAUCAGAAAGAAAUGAGCCCACUUUCUCAUUCCAACCCACGGGACUGGUUGAACCUGUUCAGUCCUCCCAUCAUUCCUGGAAGCCAACAACUGGAAGAGCACACUAAAUCUUCAACAAAUCAGAGUAUUCCAGGUGAAGACCUCAAUGCUGAAGAAGAUGAGGAAGUUUUGACUCUUUUGUAUGAUCCAUGUCUGAACUGUUACUUUGAUCCAGAUUCUGGGAAGUACUACGAAUUGGCAUAG